AUGCCGUCAUUGCGGCUAUCUCCCGACUGUGGCGAUAGGAGCUACUGGUUGUACCUGCCCCUCACCCUGGCGCUCGUAAUUCUCUUGCUCGUGGGCAUCGCCGACAACAAGAACUACGCCGAUGUGACAGGCACAGCGGUGGGGGCGAUGUUCACGCUGGGCAUUCGCGACUGGCAGGGUGAUUCGAUUCCCGCUGGCGACGUCCUGCCUGCCCACUCUGCGGGCGUUCUCUUCUUCGUCGGCGUCGCGAUCAUCGCCUUCAGUUUCGCGGGUGUGUGCACGUUUACGAACAUUCGGCGCGACAUGAAGUCACCCCCGAGUUUCACCACGGCUGCUGCCUUCGGAGUCGCCGGGAGCACACUAGCCUUGUUCUUGGUCGGCGUGACCGGCUACGCGGUUCUUGGAACCAUCAUCAGUGGAAAUGUCGUGUUGUGCCUGAAAGGACGAGAUAUCCGACUCGCUGCCGACUUCUUCGCCGUGUUCUGCGCGCAACAGCUGGAUGGGCUCGGCCACUGGAUAAUGGAUGAACACGACAGCGUCCAGGACUACGGAAAGCGUGUGGCCUGGAGUCGUGCCAAGUUAGCGACUCCGCUGGCAUUAUGCGCCUGCCUGCUCGCCCUGGCUGUGCCGUACGAAGGUGCCCUGAUGGCGCUUGUUGGGUCGCUGGCCCUGUGCCCGGUGGCCUUCGUGCUGCCCCCCGUGUUCUACUACAAACUGUGCCGGGGGUCGGAGCAGUGGCCUGAAAAGUAUGCCGCCGGGUCCCACGUGGCUCUUGAAACUCUUCCCGCUUUUUACAGCGUCAGGCCUCUGAGCAUGAGGAUGAAGAUUGCCCUCGGGGUCACCGUUUUCAGCGGCCUCCUAAUCUUCAUCGGUGGAACAGUGACAUCGAUCAUACAAAUUGUGGAACAGAGCCACCUGGAGGGGCAGUCCUGCUUGUGGGGAUUCUGCUACGAGCGACAGUUCACGGCUGUUCAGCAGCCAGGUAUUUUUGGCGGACUGAUCGCUGACGCUUUAAAAAACAGCAAACUGAUAUUCGGAUAA